AUGGGUUCACUUUCCAAGUGUACACGAAUUCCUUCAGAGUAUAUGGACUAUGCUGAGAAACAUUCAAUAUUUGAGCUCAUGCAGGUUUUGUUAUUUGUUUUUACUCUUCAGAGGUUACUAAAACUUUUAAUAAUCAAUCGUCCUGGAGAUCCUAUAUCUUAUCUAAUUAGGUGCCUGGAAAAAGAUGUCGGAGAUGUACCUUCUAUUUAUAUUUUUGGUCCAAAGUCUUCAGGCAAGAGAUUGCUGGGCUCCAUGUUGCAAGUGAAACUGCAGUGCACAAUCAUUCAUGGGGACGACGUAUACAGUUUAUGUCCGGGAGAGAAAAAUGCUACGGUACAAAAACUAAUUGCUGCUUUGAAGAAACGGCUUAAUGAAUCUGAUUGUGAAUCAAGAGGUUAUAUUAUUGUCGAUUUCCCAAGAUGUGAAAAAGAAGCUAAAGCACUUACAAAUGAAGGAAUAUUUCCUGAUUAUGCAAUCUUUCUAGAUGCACCUUUGCUUACAUUAAUUGAAAGAGCAUCAGGAGAAAGGAUGGAUCCUGAUAAUGGAGAUUUAUAUAAUCUACUACAUAACCCCCCAGUUGAUUUAACAGUCGAGAGACGCUUGGUAAAACUUGCAGAAAAUGAUGAAGAAACAAUUAAAAAUCUUUACAACGAAUACAACAGACAAAUGGUUCUACUGAAAAGAAUUUAUUCUAGUGUUGCUUAUGAAUUUAAUGCAGAUCAACCAAUCAAUGACUUAUAUCAUUCCGUUUUGGCAAAGGUAAACCAAUGUCGUCGCGGUGUUGCUCUGCAAACUCCUAAAAUCGUUUUAUUAGGCUAUCCUGGAGCUGGAAAACAUACACAAGCAAAUUUGCUAGCUAAAAAGUAUGGACUAAUUCCAGUGGACUGUGGGCAGCUUAUACUUCGUGAAGUAGCUAAUCGUUCUUCAGUUGGGAACAUAAUGAAAACUUAUGUUCAAAAAAAUAUUCCAGUUCCAGAUGCCAUAGUCUCUGAAGUUGUGAGAAACAGACUGAAUGAAAUUGAUUGCAUUACAUAUGGUUGGAUACUUGUCGGAUAUCCACGUACACGUCAACAAGCAGAGCUACUAUCAUCGCAUAAAGUAUACCCGACCCGAGUUAUUUUAAUGGAUAUACAUCAAUCUUGUGCAUCUGAACGACUUUCUGGACGUAGAAUUGAUCCAAUCACUGGUAUAUGUUUUCAUACAGCAUUCGAAUUUAUGGAAGAUGCAUGCAUAAGUCAACGUGCUUUGCAGCGUCCGAAUGAUGAAGAAAAUGCUAUAGGCCCAAAGUUAUCAAGAUUUGCAGCUAACAGAGAUGACAUUAUCAUGUACUAUGAUUCAUGUGUGGUUAAAGUGCAUGCAGACAGAGAUAUUCACACUGUUUUUGAAGAAAUUGAGACUGCUAUUGAUCAAAUAGAAAUUUACAUUAGGAAACCUGACCCAAAUCUACUGAAAUAUACACGAAAACAUCAUUUGUAUGAGGUUUUUGAGGCACUUUUAGGUGGUUUAAGCGUCAUGUUACCGGAAAAUCCUCGUAAAUGGAUUGCAGAAAAACUUCAACUUCUUUACGAUAUAGGUUUUAUGAGUUUGAACUGGGAUACAUUUAUUGAUCCGGAUAUGAAACCUUCUCAUCCGUAUGUUGAUCAUGAAUUAAUGCAUUCCCUAUUUGGUACAUCAAAAUUAGAAUUCUUGUUACCAGAAGAAUUACAAUAUCAACCUACACCUGAAAUGUUAGCAAAAGCCUAUGCUGCUCAUAAGCAAUCCAUACUAAAAAAGUGUUUCAGCGCCUGGAAAUUACAUUUUAUAAUCAAACGAGCACGAAUGAAUUAUAUGUACAAAAUAAACUUUAUUGCAAAAAUAAGUAUGAAAUGUAGAUUGCAAAAGAUUAUAUUUCGAGGAUGGCAAGAAUAUACACAAUUUGUGAUAAGUAAACAAAGAAUGGCACAAUCAUUAAUAACACAAAUUAAAGACUUCACAGUGACAAUGUUAUAUUUUAAAGCCUGGCGUCGGAAUGUUGCAGAAGCUCGGAAAACAAGGGAUUACUUUUCAAAAAUGCAAGAAAAGUCAGAUGGUGAAAAGUCAGAUGAUUCAGAGUCUGAAAAUCAAUUACUUACUUUAGGUGGUAAAAUAAGCGAUGCUGAAAAUUAUCGUGACCGAUUAUCUGAAUUACCUGACACCAUACAAUAUAAAAUAUUUGGGUACUUAACACCCAUAGAUUUAGCUCGAGCUGCUUGUGUAUCUCAUUAUUGGUGGUCUGUAGUUAGUGAAAUGGAUAAGAAAAAUACUUUGGAUUUAUCGUGCUUUGGUAAAAGGUUAACAGAAGAACUUUUUUUAAAGCUUACAAGAAGACGUCGAAUACAUUUGCGUCAUAUCAACUUACGUAGUAGUAAUCUGUGUACUAUAAAUUCAUUUCGUUGUUUAACUAGUUGCGCUAAUUUACAGGAUAUCAAUUUAUCUAAAUGCACUGGUAUCACGGAUGAUGCAGUUCGUCUAAUAACUGUUGAAUGUAGUUUACUUCUUUACUUGAAUUUAUCAUAUACUCAAAUUACUGAUGAUUCAGUUCGUCACUUAGCGAUCAAUACAAAAAUGUUACAAUAUCUGAGUUUGGCCUAUUGUACACGAUUAACACAACUUUGCUCAACUUAUUUCAAUCAACUAGAAAGUUUCAAGUCACUAAUUUAUUUGGAUUUAUCGGGAUGUAUUUACAUUGAGUCGGCUGGUUUACAAACAAUUAUAAAAAGUGUGACACAAGUGGAACAUUGGAUACUGAACGAUAUCCCAUGGAUUUCAGAUACCGAUCUUAAUGUUCUAGGAUCCAACUGUUCAGUAAUACACACGUUAGAAAUGGUCAAUAAUCAAAACGUAAUUAUAUCCGGUCUAAAUUAUCGUUCAAAAAUUGGUCUUUUCCAUGAAAAAUCAACUCCAGUCGAUGGUGUUGUACAAAUAAAAAAUAAGCAAAAUAGACCAAUCACAUGUAUUGGUUUAGUUCAUAAACAUGCUGAUUCAACUCUAAAUAAUUCAAAUUCAAAUAUGAAUGGUUUAAUUACGGAUUGUGGUCUACAAUCAGUAUGUGCAAAAAAUUUAAAUAGACUCCUUGUUUCAAAUAUGAGUUCGAUCGAUGGAUCUGGAUUGAAUAAUAUUGUACCAAAUGAUAAUGUAUCAAGAAGACAUUCUAAAAGUAAAGCUCAUCGUUUAUCAAAACUGAAUUCUGGAUUACUUGAAAAUGGUAGCUUAAAUUUACUAGAAAUUUCAUUCGUUGAUUGUCCAAAGAUCAAUGAUAUCCUGCUUCAACAUUUAAUACCUUUGCCGAAUUUGACUGUUUUAAAGUUAAGUGGAUGUGAAAGUCUUACAGAUCAAGGUGUAAAAUUACUAACUGAUGGAGCAUACGCGGAGAAUUUAAAAGAACUAUAUUUAGCAAGAUGUGACAAAUUAACUGAUAAGGCGAUUCAUACAAUGAGUGCACGACUACUUAAUUUAGCUUACUUGAGUUUGGCAUCGUGCCCCUUGAUUUCUGAUGGAGCUUUCGAACUCCUAGGUCAACUACAAAAAUUAUGGCAGAUAAAUUUAAAUUCUACUAAACUUGGUGAUCGAGGUUUGUCGGCUCUUGGAUCAUUGCCUAAAUUACGUGAACUGAAAGUGUCUAAAUGUACCGCCAUUACUGAUUUAGGAUUGCAAAAGUUUGCACAUUUUGGUAUAAACUUGGAAUAUAUUGACUUAUCAUUUUGUCACAAUUUGACAAACAAUGGAAUUAAAACACUAGCAUUUUGUUGUCAUUUCCUUGCCAGUAUUAAUUUAGCUGGGUGUAAGCUGCUGACAGAUAUGGCUGUACAGUAUAUUUCGGGAGUAUGUCAUUAUCUAAAGUUUCUUGAUUUGUCAGGUUGUGAAUUGAUCACGGAAACAUCUUUAAGUUUUUUACGGAAAGGUUGCAAAAAACUUGAACAUCUUCGACUACUAUACUGCAAGUCAAUUAAAAAACAUAAAUUAAUUCGAUUAACAACUGGAAAAAUUGAAAGAGUUGAACAUUCAAUGGAUGAACCUCCACCUGAAUUUAUUGGUGAUUUAAUAAAAGAAAAUGCAUAG